AGCAAUUUAGUACGGUUGAAACUGUCAGUCCGUACAAUAGUCACAGCUCGCAUUUGCCGUUGGUUUUACUAGAUUUUUUUCUUCCGUUAAUUUCGCACAAACAAAAUGUCAUCGACAGCCGCUCCCGCACCCGCACCGCCGCCACCAACACCACCAUCAGCUUCUUCCGUGGCCUCUGGAAAGGGCAUUCAUACAAAGAUCUACAAUGGCAUGAUUGGCGUCUGUGACAAAUUUGUGCCAGCCAAAAUGCGACCACUUUGGAUGCAUCCAGCAGGUCCAAAAACCGUUUUCUUCUGGGCACCAAUUUUUAAAUGGGGUCUUGUCGUUGCUGGGUUAAGUGAUUUGGCCCGUCCGGCGGAUACAAUUUCCGUAGCAGGUUGCGGCGCAUUGGCAGCCACAGGCAUUAUCUGGUCUCGUUAUUCGUUGGUGAUUAUACCCAAAAAUUACAGUUUGUUUGCUGUCAAUAUGUUUGUCGGGCUAACGCAAUUAGUGCAGCUGGGACGGGCAUACAACUACCAAAUGGAGCAGGACAAGUUAAAGACGGAGGCGGAUGAUAAGCCAGCCUUAGCUCAAUAAACCACUGCACACAUCUGCUAAUUAUUCAUGAUGUGAACACGCACAACUUAUAUCGCAUAUCGAACCAUUGCGCUUUACAUUAAGUUGUGUUUUAGUUUAAGCGACUGGCCACUUUACAUAGUGUGUUAUUGUUGCCUUACAAAACGUGAUUCGUACUGCUUAAGUUUGUAAAUGUUUGAGGCUUCAAGUAUAUUUUUAAUUUCACGUAGCAUUAAUAGAAUUU